AUGAAUGCCCGACCAUUCUUUUCAGUGAGCCGGCUGGCCACUGGAAUAUCGCGCAUAAGCAUACGCCGGGGACACACGAAGCCGCCGCCGCCGCGGCGAAACAAGAGCAAAGGCGACGACAAGGCCGCCUUCGACCCGGGACACGGCGAGCAAAUAUGGAUCUUCAACCACAUGCAGAGGAACCACGUUGUGUAUUCACACCAGCCCAUACUGAGUAACAACAAGGCGAUGAGGCAGAUCCCGUUCAACGGUAAGAAGCUCAAGCCGGUCAGCCUUCGGAAGGACUACUGGCGGCCGAUGGCUAUGGUUCAGUUCCCGUCGGGGCUCGGCGUGGUCGGCCGGUCCGUGUUCCAGAAGCUGCGCGAGUUCAGGAAGCUGCACGAGCUGGCCUGGGACAACGACGAGUACCUCAAGCUGUCCAAGCACGACCGUGGAGUGGCCCUGAACGACCAGAAGGCCAACACCGUCGCCGACAUGGCCACGGUCCUGGGGGGCGCCGGAAAGGGGAACAAGAUAUGGGAGGCGGAGCCGACGGCCGGACAGGGGCGCCGCGAGGGGGAGGGGGAGGGGGAGGAGUCGAAGCAAGCGCAGGGGACGCAGGGGAAGCUUCACAGUGCCACGGUCUUCUGGGCGAACGCGCAAGACCAGGGCUACGCGGCGUCGUGGCCGAGCAAUGUCACACAUCAAGUCGGUCUGCCACCACAAACACGCGGAAGCGCGGCGGAAGCACCUCAGGAAGAUGGGGUGGACGAGCCGGUUUCACAAGGGACGGACGCUGUGGUUGCAUAG